AUGGACGCAACAGUUGCACCAGAUGUGGUCGAGACACACGAAAUGGCUCGCUUGAACAGCAAGCAUGGCAACAUCUGGAUCUCCGUCGCUUCUUCCUUGGCGGUCCUUGCCGUGGUGGUCCUCUUGACCAAGAAGGUGCAACAAGAACGGGAUUUCCGAUGGGGGAUUCAUUUGCGGUACUGGGCGGUCGCCAUUGUGACCAUUGCCUUUCUUCCCUUUGAGAUUGCCAAGUACGUCUUUUCCGAAAAAACCGUGGCAUUGGUCGGCUUUGUCUUUCCCAUUUACGAAUCGGUCUUGGCCGUCUGCACUCCCGAUGAAGAAGACGACACGGACUGGUUGCGAUACUGGACACUGGGCGGAAUGUUCUUUGUAUUCACCGAAUGGGUCGACAAUGCCGUGGACAAUGAUGUCGCGGAUGUCUAUUGGUACAAAUUUACAUGCUUUGUCUACUUUUGGUUGUACUUUCCAAGGACGUCAGGGGCUGUCAUUAUUGAUGAACGCUUCACCCAAAAGUACUUGGCAACUCGGUUCAAGCCACUGGCAUCGUCCAUGUCCAAAAUGCUCGAUGCUAUUGUCCAAUCCUUUGUCAAUGCUAUCCAUCUUUACAUCAUUUGGAUCUUUUUCAUGUUUCUGCCACAGGGUAUGAAGCGUAUUGCUGCGGUCGGGGUUGGAACCGUCUAUCCCUUUGUCUCGUCUGUUGUUGCCAUUUCCACGGAGGAGUUUGAAGAUGAUGCUUUCUGGUUGACUUAUUGGUCCUGCUAUGGUAUCUUGUUUAUUUCCAUGGAUUUUCUAGAAACAUGGUUGGGAUGGAUUCCUGGAUUCUACACUGUCAUCAUUCUGGCAGAAGUCUAUCUCAUGUUGCCCAUGUUUGGAGGUGCCGAAAAGAUUUUUCGAAAGAUUCUGGUCCCCCUCUUUGGUUUGCGAGAAUUGCUCAUGGUGCGAGAUGCCUUUUUGGUCAAGAAGAACCUGUUGCGAGAUUUGCCGCCGGAACGGGCCCAUCUGGUCCGCCAAACGAUUGCCGAUUUCUUUACGGAAGAGGCGCAAGACAAGAACAAGGAAACAGACAUGUUGGCAGCCUUGGGAUUUCUCAAGACAAGAAAAAAUGGAAAGAGCAAAAAGGACGAGGAGAAAAAGGAAGCUUCCGAAACCACCAAUUUGGUAUAG